AUGCCGUCCGAGAAGUCCCAUUACGUGCCUGCGCCGCCCAUACCAUCAUACGAUGAAGCCACCGGUGGCAACUCCUCCUCCUCCCGCCCAGACUGGCCGCCGCCACCAUCGCCGAUACAUACGAGACCCGACCACGAGACCGAAGCACAGUCGCUCCUCUCCUCACAUACCCGCCAGCCUGAGCCAUCGAGACGGGCUCCCGGAGGCUAUCGGCCUCCCUACGUCGAAGAUGACGACGACGGAUCGGAAUGGAGUCUCGAAGAUGACGAUAGCGACGGUCACGGAGAUUCGCGAGCGCGGCGCGCGAUGGAAGAGUUGGAGAUCGAAGACCCAUUGAACGGCUCAAGCUCCAGGUCUUCGCCAUCGUGGACGAAACGGAUAGGCUUCGCAUUGCCGCAGUGGAAGUGGAGAUGGCGGCUUCCCAGACUUACGGUGCGCCUACCGCGCGAGGGCGACAAUAUCAGCAACGAGCAGGCCGAAUCCAGCGCGACGCGGUGGCGAUGGAACAUGCCGAAACUCAACAGUGCGGCCGCCCUGCUGUUGGUUGGCAGACUACUCGCCGUCUUCCUCGUUCUCGGCUUCCUCUACCUGAUAUUCAUGAGCGACAUCUUCACGAGCAUGUCGCGGCGCAUUGGUGGGCAGAUGUUAGAUCCCGAAGCGGUGCGACAGUUCGUGCAGAUGCAUGUCGAUACGGUGCGGAUGAGGGACACAUUGAAGCAUUUCACAGACUUUGCGCACAUCGCCGGAACAGAGGGUGACUAUGCGCUGGCAAUGGAUGUGCACAGCAGUUUCUUGAAGAAUGGCCUGGAUGAGGUCACCGUCGACAACUACUACGUAUACCUCAACUAUCCGAAACCCGGCGGUCGAGCGGUGGAAAUAAUGUCGGAGGACGGAAGCAAGGCGGCGUGGACCGCAGCGCUGGAAGAGCCGGAAGUUGGCGGUGAAUCAGCAGGUCAUCAGACCUUUGUGUUUCACGGCCACUCCAAGUCAGGUGACGUGAAGGGACCCCUGAUAUAUGCGAAUUACGGGUCUAGAGAUGACUUCAAGAGGCUGUCGGAGAAGGGGAUAGAUACGAAAGGUGCGAUCGCAAUAGUCCGCUAUGGCGGUACACAAGGCGAUCGGGCUUUAAAGGUCAAAGCGGCCGAGAUGGCCGGGUUUGCUGGUUGUAUCAUCUACAGCGAUCCAGCCGACGACGGUUUCCUCAAAGGUGACACCGCGCCGGGUGGUCAUUACAUGCCAGCCGACGCCGUCCAGAGGGGAUCAGUCAGUCUGAUGGGCUGGGUCAUAGGAGAUGUGCUAACACCUGGGUGGGAGAGUAAGGAGGGUCAACCGCGGGAAACCCUAGACCAGACUCCUGGUCUAAAUAAGAUACCCAGCAUACCGCUCGCCUGGCGGGAUGCAAAGGUGCUUCUACAGCAUAUCAAAGGUUUCGGCGAGCGGUGCCCUGAGGAGUGGCGUGGCGGAGUGCCCGACGUCGAAUGGUGGUCAGGAAACUCGUCAUCCCCGAUUGUACGAUUGAAGAACGAGCAGGAUGAGAACGAGAAGCAAGAGAUUUGGAACGUGUACGGAAAGAUUGCCGGCAUCGAGCAAAGCGAGAAGUCCAUUAUCAUUGGCAACCAUCGUGAUGCCUGGGCCUUUGGCGCAACAGACCCGAAUUCAGGCACUGCAGUCAUGCUGGAAGUCUCACGAAUCUUUGGCGACCUUGUCACCAGAGGCUGGCGGCCCCUUCGUACGAUCGAGUUCAUGAGCUGGGACGCUGAGGAGUACAACAUGAUUGGCAGCACAGAGUUCGUCGAGAACAAUCUCAAAUCUCUUCAGAAGGAUGCCUUUGCUUACAUCAACCUCGACGCUGCUGUCUCGGGGCAGGAGUUCCACGCCGCGGGAUCCCCAAUGUUCCGCAAACUAAUAUGGAAGGUCCUCGACCGGGUCACGGACCCAAACUUCAACACGACGCUUCUCGCUCGUUGGGAUGAGCGUAACGCGGAACUCGAAAGCCUUGGAUCGGGGAGCGAUUAUGUUGCCUUCCAGGACCUAGCAGGCACCAGCUCGGUCGACAUCCGCUUUGGUGGUGCCGCGCACCCGUACCAUUCAUCGUACGACAACUUUGACUGGAUGCAGACUGUCGGAGACCCCGAUUUCGUAUACCACGGUCUACUUGGCCAGGUCACUGCGCUGCUCCUUCUUGAGCUCUCGGAGAGGCCCAUUCUGCCUUUUGAUAUGGGCAACUAUGCGCUAAGCCUCGGACGAUAUCUGGGCAACUUGUGGCACUGGGCUGAAGAUAAGAAUUUGCUCGAGGGCGAGAACAAGAAGAUCAACCUCGAGCCUAUAAAAGAGGCUGUCCAAGAAGUUGAAAAUGCAGUGGCGCAAUUUGAGAAGUGGGAGCCCUACUGGGAGCAGAGUGUGGUCGCUUCCAACGGGUGGGAACCUAAUGGGUUGGGAUCGAGGAGGUGCGACUACAACGCGCGCAUGGCAAACUUUGAGGCAGGCCUGCUGGAUCUGGAGUUCGGCGGUGGAAUACCGAACCGGACACAGUUCAAGCACGUCGUCUUCGGCCCAGACCUCUGGUCCGGCUACGACGAAGCCUUCUUCCCGGCGAUCCGCGACGUCAUCGAAGUGGAGGACUGGCCGCUGGCCCAAAAGAUCAUCGACAAGACAGCGAAGAUCAUAAGCGACGCAGCCACCGCGCUGACUGCAGUGUAG